AUGGCUAACUUUUUGCCCACAUUCAUAGAAAUAGUGGUUGUCCGGAUGAGACCACAAGGAGUACAUUUUGCAACUGAAAUUGAUGCUGCUAAAUUUCAUCACAUUUAUUGCGUACAGAAAAAAGUUGUAUGCAUACGAAUUGAAGACGUGAUACCAAGAAUCAUCAGUUCUACAAAAGUGUUAUACCGUUACCGUGGCGAUCCAAGCGAAAUAAUCCCCACUAAUGCCAAUACCGAUAUUACUAUCAAUGCCAGUUUCACACAAAAUACAUCUGAUGAUGAAUUGAAUAUUAAUAUUGAGACUGCAAAACUCAAAAUAACAAAAAAGUUAAAAAGAAAAAUAAAGGAAAUCGAAAAAUUGAGGAAAUUUCAAGAUUACAAAAAAAAAAGUUGA